AUGAGGCGUCAAGAGUGUCUGUUACUUCUCUAUGAAGGCAAGCCACCCGGCCCUAGAGAGCGAGUUCCGUACCCGGAAGGGGACGUAUUGUAUGAAUGUUUCGUUCGUGUUGUUGUCUGUCAUGGUGACCUGGUCACAAAGUACACGGAUGACUCCAACGGCAUGGGUCGCACAGAUACUCCUAACGAAGCGAUUGCUCUCAAGUUUAUCAAGGAGAACACAACUAUCCCUGUUCCAAAAGUUAUCAGUAGUGACUGGGACCGUAUCACCAUGGAGUAUAUCUCAGGCCAGCCAUUGUGA